UUACGUUUGCGAAUACGAUCGCGGCGCUUGCGGUCGUAACUAGUGAACAAUGACACCAGGGAGCGGGUAGUUCGCGCAUCUGGUUGGCUGCGCGACGGAGCGAGCAGCGAACAGCCUUCUGCUUUGCUUUGUUCGCUUGCUUCAGUUUAGUUCGUCCCAAGCGGGCAACGGGCACUGUUAUAGUUACGAUCUUCGUUUGUUUGUAUUUGGCAGAAUUUGAUUAGUUCUCAAGAGAAUGGUGGAGUGUUCUGGCACUGCUAAGUUGAUUGAAGCUGUCAAAGAGCACCCGAUGUUGUACGACUUGUGUAAUGAGAACUACAGAAAUAAGGUUGUCACCAAUAAAAAGUGGAUGGAGAUCGGCGAUUUAUUGGAUAUUCACGGAACUUUGGGAACAGUACUUUUUGGGGCCAAUGGGAUCCGACAAAUAAGGAUGGGUCUUUGCAGGAAGAAUCAGGAGAAAUAGCCAAGAAGAAAUGGAAAGGAUUAAGAGACAGCUACACCAAACAUUUGAGGGCGACCAGAAGCAAUGGUCGAGUAUCUUUAGAACUCAGUCGUUACAAAUCUUGGCCUUGGGCAGAUCGCAUGUCUUUUCUGAGACCAUCAACCUUGGAUCCUGCGCAAGCUGACAGCAAUGACGUUGAAGAUACAAGCCCAACUGUUGAUAUUGAUGAGUCAGUGUUCACGCCAAUCAUCGAAACAACAUUUUCUACGAAUAAACAAAACACAAAAGACAAAAAAAGAAAGGAAGAUCUAGAUAAUUUUUACACUCAACCAAUUCGAGAAAGAUUGCCAGAAAUUGACGAUGACAUUGAUCUUAUGUUUAAAAGUUAUGCGAAAACAGUGAAGCGGUUCUCUGCAAGAAGAAAAAUUUUCUUUAAAACUAAAUUGGCCAAAUUGAUAGCUGAAGAAGAACUGGCUAAUCUAAAUGAGUUACCUGCAAAGUGUUCCACCUGCUCCUCAGCAGUAUCUGCAAGUGAUCAUUGGACUGCAAAUAACCCCGGUAUGGAUUGUAGUGAAAACGGUGAUACUGAACAGGCACCGACCAAUAUGAAUUCACCUGAAGCAAAAGCUGUCCAUUUUCUUUGUAAUGAUUGGAAAUGAGCUAAAUUUCUCCAAUCUAGUAAUUACCAUCACUCUUUUUCUGAAGAACCAUUACUCUGCUUGCUGUAUAAUUUUAUGUAUGAGGAAAUAAAAUAUUUUUUAUACUAAGUAAA